CUGCACUGGCCGCGGGCUGUGGGCCGUGGACCGUCGCCAGUCACUGCUCGCUCGGCGCACGGGUGCGCGACACGAGCCACACGUACUGGGCGGGACACGUGCCACACGUACUGGGCGGGACACGUGCCGUACGUGCUGUGUGGGUGCAGUCGGUGUUCGGGCCGUGUCGGUGGUUUGUUCGGGGUGAUGUCGCGGUGUGCCGCGGUGACGGUGCUGCUGCUGGCCGCCGGGCUGCCCGCGCUCUGCUCCGGGUGGCUCCUGGAGGGCCUGGUGGGCUCCUGGGUGGUGCCGGAGGUGCACAGCGGACAGCGGAAGAGAACAGAGCCCGAGAGGACGCAGCCGCUCCAGCUGCCUGAGGAGUAUGACCAGGAGCCAGCCGAGGACCUGCCCCUCAGGCCCCACCCGGCCACGCCUCCUCCGACCCGGGUGGGGAUGACCUCGGUGGACGGCGAGGAGCGGGCCACUCCGACCCAGCGCGACAUCGAGACCACGGUGCAGCUGUACCGGCUGCUCAAGGACCGGCGGCGCGCUAACAGACACGCUCUGGGCAACGCUGACACGUUGAGGGAGAGCAAGCCGACCUGUAUCCAGCGCUUCAUCUGCGAGGUGCACAUGCUGCCGGAACACGAGCUGGCCACCGCCGGCGACAUCGAGAAGAAUAUCGCCAACAUGCUGAAACGGUUCCAGCUGGAGCCGCCGGCCAGCCGCGCCUACCAGUACACGUACGCCGCGCACAUGGGCCGCCUGAUGCGCGACUCGACCGCCUCCGGCUGCCACGAGAUGUUCAGCUCGUGUCCCUUCAGCCGCGAGGAGAUGCUGCUGCUCAUGGAGGCGCUCAGUAGCUCCAAAAGCGCGCUGGCGUGAGCGGCCCCUCGGCGGGCUGGACGGACUGCCUGACAGAACGCUGGGUCAGGGUGCCCACAAACCAUGCACAUUGCACAAUAUUCCUGUGAUAUUCACCAAAUGGUGUGAACUAAUGGUGAAAUGGUGGCUCGACUAAUUGAGAAUAAGCAGAUUGAUAACUGAUUCAGCAGUGUACCUAAUGCUGAAACUAAAUUCAGCGUCUUUAGUUGGAGCUCUCAGCUCACCACAGGACAAAAUUUAACAUCCAUUCACUGGGCAGCCUUCAGCUCCCUGGAACUUGCGGAAAAAAUUAUGUGAAGGACGAAAAUUAGUAGGUGGAAGCUGAACUUCGCUGGUAGUUGAUUGUAAAUCCAGGACGAGAUUCGGAUAUAAAAGGGCGACCGAUAUUUCAUAAUCAGCCGGUACUCAGCUCAUGUGGGAACAGUAUGAAGAAUGAACAUGUGACCUUUUCGAAAGUUUUGAUCAAACGUCAAAUAUCGUGUCAUUUUGAUUUUUUUUUUAUCUAUAGCCAGUAUGGGGAAUAAAAGCGCUGCGAAAGUUAGUAUUUUCUCAGAUUGCUCAACUACAUUUAUUAUUAAUCGAAAGCAUGGCUUUUAAGAAUUGGCAGCAAUUAUUUCUAAAACGUUUUUUACGCCAUUACGGACGAGUCAACUGUCAGCCGUUGAAACAACGAAUGAUUAGCAUGACAUGACAUGACUAUUGACUAAAGUCCGCCAUGCGUUUAUGUGCUAUCCAAAAUUCAUAUUGUCAAUAUCCGGUUUCACAUGAGCAGGCCGAAAUGUAGUGUAAAAUUGGUGAAAUAUUGUGCCGAUAUCGAAAGUGUGGGAUGAGAGUGGAUACCUUUCCUGCUCAGCCUUCCGACAUCUAGUCAAACCGUCGCAGAGCAUCGCCGAGUCACUUUUGUCCUGUUUAUGUCAGUACGCGCGCCUGAGAAUGAGCGAAUGUGGUGUCGACUCAUGCUUCCGACCACACCGCGAAGCUUUUCCUAACUAUUGACAAGCAGGGGCCAAAAAUACGCGGAUUAAACCAAUCUUGCUUGAUUUAUUGAAUCUAUGCGUGGAUGUUAGCUCGUGUUGCUUUGUGGGUAUGGAUGCAGAUCACUUGGAUCAUGCACACAUUGUAUCAUAUUGCCCAUUUAGGCUAAUGAUGAGGAAUGUCUAGUGUGUUCCAAGCGAUGACUGUGUACCGAUUGGUCAAAUAAAAAUGACAAUUUUA